AUGGCUGCGGCGGCGAACCAGGCAGUGAUAAACAUGUGCGGGAAGGAAUUCCAACCUCCAGCUCGGGUGGGCAUCGACACGGGUUUGAUGGGCGCUGAUCCCGAGCGCCACGCCAUCGACGGGGCAGAGCUGGUGGAUGAGGUGCAGGACCAGGGCCGCCACCGCAUGGCACGCGGCCGAGAGCGGCAGGACCGUACCCCUUCUCCGAUGGCGAGGGUCCGCGUCGACGGCACCUCCGACGUGAUGCUGACAGAGUUCAGCGGCGUCGGCUGGGAAACCUGGGCCAUGCGCCGCCAACGGCAGGCGCAGAUCACCAUCCGCGUCCGGAGGCUGGUGCGCGCCGAGCGGAACCGCACCGUCACCAUGCUGGAGCGCCGCGUCUGCGGGCUGGUUUUCAAGAACCUCUGCAGGCAGCCCUUCGCCAAUCUGCCACUCGUGGGCGGGGAGUCCGCGGGGGGUAAGCUCACACGCGAGUAG